UGAUUUACCAUCUCGAGAUGGUUCACCACCGCAGCGUAUCCGAAGUCCUGUUCUGGAUCCGUUGAAAUAUGUCGAGGAGCUCAGCAAUCCGGAUGCAGACCCGCCUCAGCUGCAUGAUUUAGCUCUUAAAUGGGGUGCACUGGGAAAGGACGGAGUGGAGGAAGUUGCUGCAACUGCACGUUCUUUUUCAGAGAAAGAGCUUUUGCCAAAGAAGAUUUUGCCGGCGCACAAGGGGAAUUUUGAACAAAAAAAGCCGUUAAUCGUUGAUCGCUCGUCUUCGGGCCAACAGUCACGGACUGCACUUUCCAACAGUGCCACCAGCGACAAUUUCGGAGGCUUCUUCGCCGGCCCUGUCAUCGCUGGACCAUCGAAGAUGCAUGUGCGAAAACGUCCACUAGUGCAUUCACCACCGCAUGCAGCAUGCUAUCCAGAACCGGACCGACCGUACAAGCCAGGCUUACUGGACGGGCCCAAAAAUAACAGUACAUACGAGGAGCAAUACUAUCCUCCACAGGAAUCACCACGUCAAUUCAAGCCAGGCGUGUUGAAUGGACCGACAACGGUUUGCUAUUCCUUCCUCAUAAUAAUAAUCAAAAGCUUGCUUAGGAAUUUUCUUUCUUUGGGAAGAGGAAGAAGAGGCGGGAGACGUCAGAUAGAACCAAGAAAUACGUACUGUUGCUGUAGCACGCAAGUUUUACAUGGAAAGUGCAAAAUUUUGGCACAGAAGCUCACAACUCUGCGAAAUGUAUUAUGUCAGGGAACUGAAGAUCAGUCAGAAAAGUUCUUGAUAUAUAAUUAA